CCUCUAGUAAACACUCCAGGUUAAGUUCAAGUAUCAAAAUGAUUAGGUUACUGUUAUUUGUGGGUGUACUGUGUGAAGUGUAUGGAGAUUUAGUGCCUUUGAUAUACGCGGCACCGAGUGCAGUAUCUCAUCAAUCCAGGAUAGAUAUCAAGCAUAGUCCAGGUUUUGUGGCUGGACCGUUGAUAUAUAGUCCAGCUGCAACUUUGUAUGCUAAUCAUCAAAUUGAGAAUAAAGUGCGUGAAGCAGUGAUAACUCCAGUUUUUACAGCAGAUACAAUAUUGACGCCAGUAGCGUUAAGUUUUUUUCACAAUCUACCUCUGGCAAGAGCACUUGAACAUCCCAUAUCGAUAGAUAAAGCUCAAGAAGAGAAUGCAGAGAAUUAUGAAUUCGUGGAGGCGGUGGCAACAAGUGAUGAAAAUAAUAAUGUGAUAGUAACGGAAAUUCCCGAACAAGAUAAUGUAAAUAAAGGAGACAAACAUCCUGAGUCAGAUAAGAUCAUCAUAGUAGCUUACGAUGAUAACAAUAAAGCAAUCAGCACUACCAAUAAUCCACAAAUGGAUGCUGUUACCGAAGAAGCUGUAUUAAAUUAAUAAACCAAUGAGAUUUGAGACUGGCAUUUUUAUGCAAAUUAAUUUAAAAAUGGUUUAGCGAUAAUACGUUCAAACUACUUUAUGGAAAGUUAAAAGUAAAAUCCCUUUAAGUAAUAUUUUUAAAUACUAUGUAACUAUUACAUAAAUAGCAAGUAAGGAAAGUAACAGACAUUCAUAUUUGUAAGAAUAUAAUAAUAUUUGAUUAAUUUAUUUCCAAAUAUGUUUAUAUAUAA